AGCCACUUAGCUUGCCACUUCUCUCAUUGAGUUCCCACCAUGGCUUCCAAUCUCUCUUCUUCUUCCUUCUUCCUCCUAACUCUUGUCAUCCUCCUCCUUCUCUCCCCUCAAACUCAAGCCAGAGAAGGCAAGUUCCUCAGCUUCUUCUCCCACUUCACAACCAUUCACAACAAUCACGCCAAACCGCCUCGAGUCGUAGUUAUCCCUCCCAAACUCAAAUCUCAUCCACCUUCACCCUCACCUGCACCUUCUUCUUCAGAAUCAAUUGCAGCGACACCAGAAUCAAUAGUAGCAGCACCAGCACCUGCACCAGAAUCAGCAGAAGCAUCAGCACCAGUUCCUGCACCUGCAGAAUCAGAGUUUGUGGACAGAGGAGAUGGCUAUGGCCUCUAUGGCACAACAAACUUCGAGAAUAACGACAGCCAUGAAAGCUUCAAGACAGGCUAUGGCACCAAGUUAUACAGCAACUACUACAACAACAACAACAACAAUGAAGAAGUGUACAGAAACAACUACAACAACCAAGAGUAUUACAAUAAUAAUCACAGGAGCAAGAACUACUAUGAAGAUAGCUACAAUAAUGAUAGGUACUCCAACAACAACAACUAUUAUUAUUACAAGAAUAAUGGGUAUGAGAGGAAAAGAGAAGGAAUGAGUGACACUAGGUUUGUGGAAAAUGGCAAGUACUUUUAUGACGUGAAGGGUAAGAAUCAGAAUUAUCAUUAUAAUGUUGAUGGGUAUGAGCCUACAGGAAGAGGGAGCACCACUGAGAACAACAACUUUGGAGGGAGUUACUAUGAGAACAACAGCUACAGAAAGUACCCUAAUGAGUUUGACACCAUGGAAGAGUACGAAAGGCAGCAGGAAAGCCAGGGGUAUGUCCCUUGAUCAGUGUUUCUUUUUUGUUCUUUCUUUUGGUGAUGGUUCAGAGAGAGUGAGAGAGGCGUAGAAUAUGAUGAGUAUGCAUACAAGAUUGAAGGAAGAAGAAUUAGUGGAUUGUAUGAUGAAUGUGUCUCAUCUGUUAUCUUCUAGUUUCCUUUUGCGUGUAGUGGUGCACAGUUUUAUGUUUCUGCAGAUAGAAACAGAUGAAGAAUAUAAUUUAGAAUAACGAUUAUGUGGUUCUGGCUUCAA